GCUCGGUAGGCUCGAAGAAUAUAAAUUUGAGCCAGGGCGCGCCCAGCUGUCUUCGGAUCAUUCACCAUUCACCAGACACCAUGAGACUGCUGGCUCUGCUGCUGAUGGUGGGAGCUGCUGUGGCAGUUCCCCGCGAAGAUGGAAGAAUCAUUGGAGGGCAGGAGUGUGAGCCUCACUCUCGUCCCUACAUGGCCUCACUCAACUACGGCUACCACUUCUGUGGUGGGGUGCUCAUCAACAAGCAGUGGGUGCUCUCCGUCGCUCACUGCUGGUACAACCCGUAUGCCAUGCAGAUCAUGCUGGGCGAACACGACCUGCGUGUGUUUGAGGGCACCGAGCAGCUCAUGAAGACCAACACUAUCAUCUGGCACCCUAGUUAUGACUACCAGACUCUGGAUUACGACAUGAUGUUGAUCAAGCUCUUCCACCCGGUGGAGGUGACAGAGACAGUCGCACCCAUUUCCCUGCCCACAGGGUGUCCAUAUGGGGGCUUGCUCUGCUCCGUGUCUGGCUGGGGUGACACUGCCCAGGGAAACGAGGUCAACAUGCCCACCCGUCUGCAGUGUCUGGAUGUGCCCAUAGUGGAAGACCAGGAUUGUGAGAACGCCUACCCAGGCAUGAUCACACGCAGGAUGAUGUGUGCCGGCUAUAUGGAAGGAGGCAGAGACGCCUGCAAUGGUGACUCUGGCAGUCCUCUGGUGUGUUUUGGGGAGGUCCAUGGCCUGGUGUCGUGGGGUCAGGGCUGUGCGGAGCCCAACUACCCCGGUGUCUACGUCAAAGUGUGCGAGUUCCUCUUCUGGAUCGAAGAAACUCUGGCAGCCAACCCCUGAAAAAAAAAGUCCCUUGUUUCCCCAUCUCAAUUGUCCUUUUUCUUCUCCUUCCCUUCUCCCAUUAAUUCUUUACCACUCCUUCCCAUUGUCCUCUUAUCUAAGUCCUCCCCUUUCUUUCCCUUUA